AUGGGCAGCUCUACGGCUGCUAUGGCUGCGCCUACCCACCGCUUCGAGUUCAAGAUCUCCGGGCAAGCGUACGCCUUCGACACGGUGAAGAGCGACAUCGAGAAGCAUUCUCUUCCACCUUAUCAGGGCUUCAUGAUUAACGGAGGGCCUGCGGAAAUCCCCCUUCAAGAGCACGACGAGGUGUGCGACUUCACAAUCUACCGCACAGACACUCCAGGCGAGAAAAAGGUCUUCCCUCCACUGAAAGCCAAAGAAUUCCUACAGAAGCUGGCGACGCCGCAUUGCGCAGGCACCAGACCCAGCGGUGAGAUCUACGAGGAGUGGGCCGAAUGGGAGAAGACCAAGCGCACCAGCAUCUCUUUCGAGGCCUUCGAUAUCAACGCGCGGGACGUGCCCGGCAGUGGCUACUACAACAUGGGGUCAAAGGCACUGAGCAGUGCGGCCUAA